GUGAGUAUUAAGGGUUAACCCUAACUCAGUGGCAUGAUUGGAUGACAGUGUCUUACUUGCUCGCUACGCUGAGGACAGUGGACCUUAGACAGACUCGACCGGUCCAAGUUCGUGUGCAUUUAUUUGCCUUUCAUAAUAAUUCCCAAUGAUUCCCAUUAUUAAUCAUAUUCCAUGUAUGAGGGAAAGGAGCUGUCGGAACUACAUUCAAGAAGUAAGGGAAACCCUCCGCGUUCAUUGUUUGAGCUGGCACGCAAUUAGUUGUAAUCACUUUGAUAUCUGCCUUCGGAUGACCUCAAACCUUUAUUCAAAGAAUUAAUAUAUACUGCAUGAAAUAUACAGACACAAUGAGCUACAAAUACUCGUUGAUUGUACUACUGGUGGUGAUAUCCACUGUCACAGCUACCAGGAAGGAUCCCAAUUUUCAGGAGGGUAGAACGGCUAUCGUUCACCUCUUCGAGUGGAAAUGGGCCGACAUCGUCAGGGAAUGUGAAGAUUAUCUCGGACCUCAUCAGUUUGCUGGGGUGCAGAUCUCCCCUCCAAUGGAACACAGGGUCUACCCAGAGCUAGGAUACCCUUGGUGGCAGCGGUACCAACCGGUCAGCUACAGUAUCGAUAGCAGGAGUGGUGGCAGAGAAGCCUUCGCUGACAUGGUCAGACGAUGUAACGAUGCCGGUGUCCGGGUCUAUGUCGAUGCCAUCGUCAACCAUAUGGCCAGUGUAAAUUCAACGGUUAAUGAUACUUAUAAUUUCCCGGACGUGCCAUUCACACCCGAAGACUUCAAUGUGCCCAAAGGACUCUGUAACCUUACAUCGGGGGAUAUAGCUCAAACAAGCUACGUAGACAGCUCAUAUGAAGUCCGCUACUGCAAUUUACUAUCGCUGGCCGAUAUUUACUAUGGACCGGAUAAUGAUAACUACGGAAAGACCAAGGUGUUGGAGUAUCUCAACGACCUCAUAUCGAUGGGUGUUGCCGGAUUCCGAAUUGAUGCUGCAAAACACAUGCCUCCCGACAUACUUGCUGAUAUUUUAGACGGUCUCGAUGAUUGCACAUUUGGCGGGAGCCCUUGGGUCUACAAUGAGGUCAUCGAUGUUAACGAAGCUGAGGCCAUUCGUUCUUCUGAGUACUUCGAGUGUGGUGAUGUUACUGAAUUCCGGUACUGCGAUGCGAUAACACUCCUUGGUCGGGGGACAAAAAAUGCAAGUGACUACGAGGACUUUGGAUUUGAUGACAAAUGGGGAAUGAUGCCUAAUGAGAAUGCUGUCGUCUUUGUGGAGAAUCAUGAUAACCAGCGGAAUCAUGGAGCCGGCGGGGAUAUCCUGGCCUUCCAAGAGCCACUCCCUUACAAGAAAGCCGUCGCGUUCACCCUUGCCUGGCCUUACGGAACCAAACGACUCAUGAGCAGCUACGAAUUCGAAAAUUCUGACCAGGGACCUCCUUCCAACGAGAACGGCGAAAUCGACGACGUCGUCAUCAACAGCCGUGGCCUGUGCGACGGCGGGUGGGUGUGUGAACAUCGCUGGCAUGAGGUUCGUAACAUGGUCUGUUUCCAGAAUACCGUGGAAGGAGAGGACGUGGAAAACUGGUGGGACAACGGUAAAAAUGCCAUCGCUUUCUCUCGAGGGGACAAGGGGUUCUUUGCCUUGAACAACGAAGAGAUCACCGUUACCGAGGUUGUUCAGACUGGUCUUCCAGAAGGUAAAUAUUGCGAUCUCAUCAGCGGGGAUCCUACCACAGACGGAUGCUCCGGCAGGAUCGUAGAAGUCGGUGCCGACGGGACCGCCGAGAUUACGCUUAUACCAAGCGGACGCCACGGUGAUGAUGCCAUUCUUGCUUUGACCAAAGAGGCAACGUUCGGUCGAGGCAACUAUGAGGGUUGUCUUUUCACCGGAGCUGGAACACGACUUGUCCCGAGUUUGACCUGGAUCUCAAUGCUUCUCGCUUUUCUGUUUCUGAAGUGGGCAUAAAAAUGAAUGUUUCCCAAUCAGGCCUACUUUAAAGCAUCGUAAAUAAUCCUUUCUACAAAUCUCCGACGAUCUAGCUUGUCAAAUAAAGUUCUUUUCCGUUUUUAGUCGACAUUCCAUUCACUUAUUUUAAUCUACCUCUUCAAGAAUUCUUUUGGUUGGAUAUACGUUUCCGAAAUACAACAUGGAUAAGGCCUAUAUAGCAAUGCUUCUUUGAUUCUUGUCAACAAUUCGCUUGGAUAUGGCUUAAUUACGUCACUACUGACAUACCUUUGACAUUUAAUGAUCUAAUUAUGAAUAAAAUACAUAAUUAUGUUAACUUGGAGAUAAAUUUGACGAGAUCCGUAGAAAGAAA